AUGCCUGACUUUGUGCUGGGCCAGUGGAAGAUCAGCUGGACUCUGCCCCUGGCCCUGGGCUACCUUGGCUACCUGCUCCUGGGGGCCACCGUCUUCCAGCUGCUGGAGAAACAAGCCGAGGCCCAGUCCCGAGUCCAGUUCCAAAUAGAGAAACUCCAGUUCCUGGAGAAUUACACGUGCCUGGAUCGGCAGGCCCUGGAACAGUUUGUGCAGGUCAUCAUGGAAGCAUGGGUGAAGGGCGUUAACCCCAAGGGCAACUCUACAAACCCCAGCAACUGGGAUUUCAGCAACUCCUUCUUCUUCGCCGGGACUGUGGUCACCACCAUCGGCUAUGGGAACCUGGCCCCCAGCACAGGGGCGGGCCAGGUGUUCUGCAUCUUCUACGCACUGUUUGGCGUGCCGCUCAAUCUGACCUUCCUCAACCACCUGGGAAAAGGCCUCAGCGCCCACCUGGCUCUGCUGGACACCUGGGGACACCAGACGGGACGCUCUCGGGUCCUGCGGACUCUGGCCCUGUUGGUCUUCCUAGCGGCCGGGACCCUCCUCUUCCUCGUCUUCCCCCCCAUGAUUUUCAGCUCUGUGGAAGGGUGGAGCUUCGGCGAAGGUUUCUACUUUGCCUUCAUCACCCUCAGCACCAUCGGCUUCGGGGAUUACGUCGUAGGCACCGACCCCAACAAGCACUACAUCUCCGUGUACCGGAGCCUGGCCGCCAUCUGGAUCAUCUGUGGCCUGGUCUGGCUCGCCCUCGUCUUCAACUUGGCCUCCAGCCUGGUGGAGAAGUUCCUGCAACUUCACCUGGACGGCGCUGAGCGUGGGCCUGCUGAACAGGUCGAGGGGGCCCUCAGAAAGCGACAGGAGCACGCCGGCCGCAACAAAAUCCGCGAUGUUCACCCCACGGACCCUCUGAGUCUCCUGUCGCCGCUGUCGGAGAGGACCCCAGGCCCAGGGGAUCAUCGGUCUGCCCUACACUGGGCCACUCAAGGACAUGUCCCGGCUCCAGCCCACGAGGUGGAACAGCGCCGCAGGAUACGGAAGCCAAGGGAAUCUCAGGACGUCACCCAGUCCACACGAGCUCCUGAGGCAGACUAUCUCUCAAUGCAGGACAGGGGAAGAGACUUUGUAAACAACGUGCUUCUGGAGAGGGAAGCCAUCUCAGGAAGCGGACUAGAGAGCUGCCUGAGGUAG